CGGGCGGAGCUAGUUUUUGCUGCUGAAGCCAGCCUGGUGGUCGUGGGGAAAGAAAAGCAAAACAACGGACGCAAAGCCACUUCAUCCAGAACCGUGGAUCCAUGUGUAUGUUUAUGACUGUAAGUCACGUUUGAAGAAUAACGAUGAGACUCAGGUCUCAGAAAACCGUUACUACUUUCUCGGAGUCUCCGAGGAUCAACCGCCAACGGUUCAACAAAGCGACACCGAGACGAACGCACCUAUCGGGAAAUGAGAGCCCGCUUCAAACCAAGGAUGAAGAGAACUUGGAAAAUGAUCCCCAACCUUCAGAUGAUGAAAUUCCCACUCUGAAAAGGCGACCACUGCCCCGCGGCCGGGCAAGGAAGAGAGUCAUCGCUGUGGAUGACAGAGAAACAGAUUUGGCCUUCAAAACUCCAGUCAGAUCAAUCUUGCGCCAUGAGCGCAUUCUGUCAGAGAUUGACCCUGUGACUCCUCGAAACACAACAGCCAGGAACAUCUACUCACCCAUCGUUCGUUUCCUCACACCCAGCAAAGAGAAUGUGAAUUAUGCAGAGACCGGUCACAACGUGCUGAUGAGCCCUGAACAAGGAGUCUUUGGUUUUGGCUCCAUAGACCUUCUGGCUGGAGAGGAGGAGGAGGACGUCUUUAAUCCCUUUAACUUCAUUAAGAACGUACCGCUGCAGUCUCAACAUUCCCGAACACCAAUCAGAGAUAUUCCCCCAAAGACCAGGAGCACUCCUGAGGCCACACUGGUGGUCGACCUGGAGGAGACAUUGAUGUUCAGCUCUUUGAAUGUGAUAGAGGAUGCAGAGUACACCUUCAACACUGCUUUCCAGGACCACCAGUACAAGGUGUACAUGAUCCUAAGGCCACAUGUCAGAGAGUUUCUACAGUCCAUGGCUAAAGUCUAUGAGCUGUUUGUUUACACAUGUGCAAAGAAGGACUACGCUGAGAAGAUACUGAACAUCCUGGACCCGCAGAGAAAACUGUUUCGACAUCGUCUGCAUCAGGAGGACUGCGCCUGUGUUCUUGGUCAUUACAUCAAAGAUCUCAGCGUGCUGGGAAGGGACCUCGCCAAGACGGUUGUUCUGGACAAUGCCCCCCACACAUACCCAUACCAUCUGAUGAACACCAUUCCUAUCCCGAGCUGGUCUGGAGAGUCCGAUGACAGAGAACUUCAGAAACUCAUCCCCUACUUGGAGAAACUGUCUGCAGCGGACGAUUUUCGGGAGGUGCUAAAGAAGAGGAAGGAUCACUUCCACAGGCUGCUUUCAGAGGACUAACAGGACCCCUCAGCUCUCAUCCUUUCUUUAAAAACUUUACAUGACUUUCACAGCUCUUGUUUACUUUGUCUAUGCUUUGGCUCAAAGCAGAAUCCAGUCUGAAUGAGCAGACCUGAAGCCUGACCAGCUCAUCCUUCUCGUCCUCCCUGACGACUUUAGAGGACGGCAGAUCGGUAUUCCAAACAUGCUGCUGGUCAUUCAUCACUAAAACUCGUUUCUCUGAGACUCAUUCCACAGGGCAAUAAAUGCCACCCAGUGCAUGUGUAAAUAUCCCUAACCAAACUCUGUGUUGUUAAUAGUCCUGUAUUUUAAUUUAUUGAUUAUAUCGCUUAUCAUCAGCUACUCUGUAUAUUUUAAAUAUGCUUUUUUUAUGCAAUAAAAUGAUCCUGAAGACAA